AACUGUCAUGGCGGCGCCGUUGCGGCUGGGUCGCGGCGUGGGUCCCCUUUGGCGGGCGCUGCAACCGCCGCCGCUCCGCCGGCCGCCGCCUCGGAGGGCCGGUUCCAGCGGAGCCAGGAGCCGCCUGUACGAGCACGCGCGGGAAGGAUGGCUGUCGUGGCCGCGGCUGGACGUGGCCGGGCUGAGCGAGCGGCUGAGCGAGGCCGAGCGGGACGUGGAGGCGCGCAAGGGGCCUCUCAAGGCGCCGGACCUGCGCGAGAUCGUUACUGCUUGGGAGAGGCUGAAUCAGGUUCAAGAGGAGAUUGCAAAAUUCACCGCAGAAAAAGAGAGAGUGAGGACAGAAGUGUACAAUUUUACGCAAAGCCAUGAUGAGAGCACUUUACAGUCGCUGCCUGUUUACAACGCCUUGGUGAAAGAGGGGAGGGAAAUCCGUUUUCGCCUUAAAGCCUUGCGUCAGGAGGAAGUUGAGUUGCAAGAGAAAUACUACCCGCCUGCCCUAAAGCUGCCCAACAGGAUUCAUCCUGAUGUGCAAUUUGGAGAGGAGAAUGAACCCAGGAUAGUGGAGAUCAUCGGCGAAAAACCAGAAUUUGAUUUCGAGGUAAAAGGACACCUAGAAGUUGGAGAAAACCUGGAUAUUAUUAGGCAAAGACGCUUAUCACAUAUUUCCGGUUUUCGAUCGUACUACCUCCGCGGGGCGGGAGCUCUGCUUGAGCGAGCCCUGGUCCAGUUUGCUUUCUCCAAGCUGAUCCGAAAGGGUUUCAUUCCCAUGUGCGUCCCAGAUUUGGUUAAAGGAGCCGUGUUUGAAGGCUGUGGCAUGUUACCUGAAGUCCACUCCUCGCUGGUGUAUAGCAUAGACCCUUCCCGGUUCGAGGAUCUGAACUUGGCGGGAACAUCUGAAGUCGGCAUUGCAGGUUAUUUUGCAGACCACGCAGUAGCUUUGAAGGACAUGCCCGUCAGGAUUGUGUGUUCCAGCACCUGCUACCGAGCAGAAACUGAAAAGGGGAAAGAACCAUGGGGUCUCUAUCGGGUGCAUCAGUUCACCAAGGUGGAAAUGUUUGGGGUCACCGCCAACGAGACAGGCCUCGAAAGCAGUGCCUUGAUGGAGGAAUUUCUCACCCUGCAGAAAGAGAUUUUCCUGGAGCUGGGAUUGCACUACAAAGUUCUGGAUAUGCCCCCGCACGAACUGGGCCUGUCUGCCUUCAGGAAAUUUGACAUUGAGGCCUGGAUGCCUGGACGGAAUCAGUAUGGAGAGAUCUCGAGCGUCUCUAAUUGCACCGAUUUCCAGUCGCGGCGGUUGAACAUCAUGUAUCACGACGAGAAAGAGCAGCUCAGCUUUGCACAUACUGUUAACGGAACCGCUUGUGCCAUUCCCCGGAUGCUCAUUGCCAUCCUGGAAUCCAACCAACUCAAGGACGGCAGCGUUCGGAUCCCGGCGGUCCUGCAGCCUCUGAUGGGCGCGGAGAUCAUCCACAAACCCAGCCACCCGCUGCUAAAAUACAUCGGUCCCAAUCGGGCCAAGAGAGGGAAGAAUCCAAUCCCCGGGAAGCCCUGGAAAUCUUAAGAGCCUCCGUUAGGGGCCGGAAUGCCGCCGCGAAACGGGGCAGCCCCUCCUGAACAGCCAACGUGCCACUUCUACCUCCAAUUGGCGGCUGGAGAGGGCUACGAUAACGGCGCAUUGCAUCGGCUUUCCCUGCAGAAGUCACAAAUGAGGAAAGGCAUUCGCUUAGUGCCGUUGUAUUUCAGGGUAGUGCCCUUCUGAGUGACAUCAGGCCGUAGAGGAGACCCCCCCUGGCGCCUUCUGGAGAUGAUUCACCAACCCAACCAGCGGGGGGGGGCUCUUUCCAACAGAGGCGUCUCUUCAAGGAACUGUCUCUUCUACCCAAGAGGGGGGUCUCGGUAUCCUUUGGCCAGGCCUCGUUCGGUCUUCUCUGAAGGAUGGAUGUGUAUUUUUGAGACUGGGAGGGUCCCUGCGUGGGGAGCAAAAGGGUUAUUUCAGACUCAGAUUUCUUCCUCUGGAAUCCGGCACCCACCCCUCUAAUUCAGUCCUUCACUCCUUCCGUCCCUUGAAAUUUGGGGUUUUGGGAAACAGCUCGCGUCUCAAAUCCCAACGGGCUCACUUGACCAGAAAAGAGAUGGCUGGAAAUAACAUCUGUGGAUAAAUAAAAGAAUGGGGGUGACCUUUUCACUG